CCAGGACGCUUUGACAUCUGGGGGCACAGCCACCAGUGGUUCCACUGUUGCACGUUUUUGUCCAUCCUGGAUGAACUUCACAUGAUCAAGGCUGAGAUUAAGGCCAUCUUGCUGAGCCCAGCGUUGCUGCUGCCCCCCACCUCCCUCUCCCACCUCCCUGGACCCACCGCUGCGUCCACCUACGGAGUGAUGCUCCUCCUCCAGACCACCAUUGUCUCCAUCAUCGUAUGGUUCUCCUGGCGGGCCAACUGUAUCUAUGGAUCCCAGAGAGAACAGCUGGAAAAGGAGCACCCCAAGAAGCACCUGAAAUGUCACUGAUCACGGAGAAGUCACCGCCAUCAUUAGACCCGCCGUAUGUUCCCGCCCCCUUUGGAUUAUAAGGAUUAUAUGUUGAGCUCACAUGUGUGGUUGAGUGCAUAUCUUUGCCAGUUCUUUCCCCAGAGCUGCUCCAGCACCUCCUAACAGGACGUCUGAGCGCUGGGACAACAACUACCUCUCAGGGCUCUGCAAUUAUGGUUGCUGCCCAGGAGAACUAAUGUUCCACUUUACGACUGGUUAACAUGUUAGACGUUAGUGGGACCAUUAAGAACAUUUGCUGAUGAGCCGUCUGCUGUUAGGUCCUUUUUGUUCUUCCACCUCCGUUUGUUAUUUCGAGCUAAAACGGUGUGUUGCUGCGGCCUGUGCCGAGCCCAUUGUUUCAUGUCCAAUGAUUCCUUUGAUAACAUACCUUUUCUUCCUCUUACUUGCACAAACAUUCGCACACGAAUCUCAUUUCCUGUCUGUUUUGCAAGUGACCCUUGCAGCAGGAAGUGUGCGUUGCACGCGACGACAGAAAUAGCUGAGAGCUCUUCUCAGUCUUACAGUGAAGCACUUUCAGGGGCCGCUCAUACUCGCCCCGUCAUUAAGAAGCCAUGCUUAACUUUCUGUGAGGACACAACACUUCAAAGCAAAUAACCGUGUCCUUCUGACACCGCAGUUUUUGACAGGUGAAAUGUGUUUGUGUGACUGUUUCUGCUGUUUGUGUGGUUUUCCCCUUACGCUCUGCUGCUCACUGCAGACUUUAUAUCUUUAUGAUGAGAGCAAAGUCUGCAGAGCACUGUUCCACUUUAAAGGUUUGCUUUGUUAGCGUGAGCACAGUGACUGCAGCAGUGGGCUCUGUGUCCGAGACCCUUCAUGUGCUGAGCAGCCUUCAGAGUCAAAGCCAUAGUUUGAAAAGUGUUGAGCUAACAUCACAAUUUCAGUUCCUACGAGCUGAUAGGACCACGUGUGUUAUCGUCAGCCAUACGCUCAGUGUGUCCAUUUUUUAAAUACAGGCUGAAACCAGCGACGUUCAGUGAGUCCAACAUGAACAGCCUGAGGCUGUACGAUCGAGUUAAAUGUUAACUUUACCAGAGAAGCCUCUUGAUCGAGCAAAGUUAAGCUUUGUGGCGUUGCUUGAUCACACCUCCUCAGCCGUGAGACUUGGACCCUGUAGGGUUUGGUUUAGACACCAUCCAUGUACAUCGUGUUAUUUAGAUGUGGGUUGUCCAGAGAAGCAUUAGUAGUGGAUGAAGUGGACAUAUAACCUCUCAUAUGCUGAGAACUCGAACAUGGAGGUGGAGCAGGUCAGCUUGGUGGCUUCAUUGCUGGAUGUCAAAGUAUACUGGGCGAGACACUGGAAGCACCAGUCGCUGCAGAUGUGUUUGAGUGUGAAAGAUGUAGAAAAGAUGCUCGUAUGAAUGUACGGGUGAAAGAGACCUGCUGUAUAAAGUGCUGGAGUAUGUUAGAAAAGCUGCAUAAGAACCAGAUUUUACCAUACAAAUCUGUACUGCUGAAUACAAGCGUGUGUAAUAAUAAUGAUGAUGAUUUUAGUUAAACAGAAAUAUUCUUCUGAUCAUUUAGUUUCAUGUCUUCCACAAAAAGAAGCGAGACAUCGGUGUGGUCCGGUCCUCCACCGCCGGGUCUGUGCUCUUCAAACGGACAGUGACCAUCUGUGUUUUUUUUCUCUUUGACCUGUUUGUUAAUCUCACGUGGUGACGUUGUGAUCAUGUACUAAAAUCUGCACAUAUACCUGCUUAUACUUGCACACCAGAAACUAAUUCUCAUGGAUCAGAGUUGUUUAUUACACGUGACACUGGAAUAUGUACGGAGGGAACAUAGAGGUUGAAAUCAUGCUGCACUUUCUUCAGGCUCC